UCAAAAUAUGGAAAUGAUAUAAUAUACCUUAUGUUUGUAACCAAAAUGUUAUAUUUAUUGUCACUCAUAUUUUUGUACAUACAAUUUGACGAAAGACAAUCUUCCAAAGACAAAACGCAUAUAUACAUACAUUUCAAUCAUUGUUGGUGUAAAACUCAAGCUAGCUAGAAAUUCAUUUUAGUUGUAAGCCCACAUUAGAAAUAUGAACUUGAUCUCAGAUCUGAUCUAACCACAUUCUUCUGUUGCUGAAAACAUUUUUCAACAGUAAGUGAUUUAGUUUAGUUGUGAAUAUAGUUUAUGUAUGUUUAACGAUACACAUUUAACCUCAAAGUUUUUCUGAGUGUUUUUACUCAGUGUUAAGGGAACUAGUACAUAAGAACUAUAUAAUAACUAUUAUUUAUUGUCUAUAUAAAUGCAGUAAAUAAAGUCAGUAAUGAUGCAAUAAACUAAGUACAAUUUCCAUUUUAACAUUAUUUUCUCUUAACAGUAUAACAAAACAUGCAUUGAUUAAGAGUUUAUAAGACUUUACAAUAAGAUUGUAUUUGUUAACAUGAAUGGACGAGGAAACCAGCACAUGCCAUUUUAAAAACUAGAAGAACAAGUGUGGAUAAUAGACAAGAAAUUUUUACAGUAAAUCACGUUUUACAGAGGAAAGAACCUGUUUGUCAAACAUGCGAUCUGUUUGCUUUAUAAAGCCUGCAGCUCAGACAGAAAGAAAGUAAAAGUAGUGAAGCUGUGAAGGUUUGAUCUGUGUGUGUAAAAUGGCCAGUACUUCAAAGGACGAGUUGAUGUGUUCAGUAUGUCUGGAUGUCCUGAAGGAUCCAGUGACUGUUCCCUGUGGACACACUUACUGUAUGAGAUGUAUCACAGACUGCUGGGAUCAAGAGGAUCUGAGAGGAAUCUACAGAUGUCCUGAAUGCAGAAAGACCUUCAGUCCACGACCUGUUUUAUGGAAGAAUGUGGUGGUCGCUGAGAUGGUGGAGAAACUGAAGAAGACAAGAAUUGAAGUUAGUGGAGAUGUGAAGUGUGACGUCUGUACUGGAAGAAAACUCAAAGCCAUCAAAUCCUGUCUGAUGUGUCUGAACUCUUACUGUCAAACUCAUCUUGAUCAACAUGAGAAUUUCUUCAGAGGUAAAAGACACAACUUGAUAGAAGCCACCGGACGACUGCAGGAGAUGAUCUGCCCUCGACAUGAUAAAAUAAUUGAAAUGUACUGCCGAACUGACCAGCGAUGUAUUUGUAUGCUGUGUAUGGUGGAUGAACACAGAAAUCAUGAUACUGUAUCCAUAUCAACAGCAAGCACAGAGAAACAGAGUCAGUUAGGAGAAACACAGAAGAAACUCCAUCAGAAAAUCCAGGAGAGAAAGAUAGAUCUUCAGAAGCUCAGAGAGACGGUGGAUUCUUAUAAGCGUUCUGCACAGACAGCAGUGCAGGACAGUGAGAUGAUGUUUACUGAACUUAUUCGAUCCAUCGAGAGACGUCACUCUGAGGUGACAAAGCUGAUCAGAGAUCAGGAGAAGACUGUAGUGAGUCGAGCUGAAGAAGUCUUGAAACGAGUGAAGCAAGAGAUUGAAGAUUUAAAGAGGACAGACGACGAGCUGAAGAAGCUUUCACAAACACAAGAUCAGAUUGAGUUUCUCAAGGGUUUCCAGUCUCUCUCUCUCUCUGAAUCUACAGAAAACAUCAAUAUCAUUCCUGAUGUCUCUUUUGAUACUGUCAUGAACUCUAUAGCUCACUUCAGAGAGAAACUGCAGUGUUUCUGCAGAGAAGAGAUGGACAAGAUUUCGGUGACAAACAUUCAAAUGAGUUUGAGCCCUGAUCCCACCAACAGGAGGGAAUUCCUACAAUAUUUCUGUCAGUUCACUUUGGAUCCAAACACGGUGAAUGAGCAUCUCAGUCUGUCUGCAGGGAACCGAGCGGCCACAUUCGCUCUUUCACCGCUUCAGUAUCUGGAUCAUCCGGACAGAUUUGAUCACUGGUCUGAGGUGAUGUGUAGAGAGAGCGUGAACGGCCGCUGUUAUUGGGAGGUGGAUUGGAGCGGACAGGGGAGGUUAGGUGUGGAUAUAGCAGUGGCGUAUAAGUGCAUGAGUAGAAAAGGAGACGGCGUUGAGAGCGCUGCUGGACGUAACGCUCAUUCCUGGAGUUUGUUCUGCUCUCCGGCUCAUUUCUCGUUCUGUCACAAUAACAUGGAGACCAUUUUGCCUUCAGUCCCGAGCUGUUCACGAGUAGGAGUGUAUGUGGAUCACACGGCAGGAAUUCUGUCCUUCUACAGCGUCUUUCCUCAAAUGAGUCUCAUCCACAGAGUCCGGAGCACAUUUACUCAACCUCUCUAUCCUGUGUUCGGUCUGGAUGAACACUCAACGCUCAAACUGGGCAUGUAGAAAUGACGUAAAUGGUGGUACAAAUAAGAUUUUUAAAGGGUCAUUGAAUCAGGUGUUAAUGUAGAAAACAUUUUUAAGUUGUUAAUUAACUCUUACGAGACCGCUAGUGAUCAAGCUGAAUUAAGUCUUAUGGGAUUCCUCACAAACUACUGUACAAUAUAUCAUAUACACAUACAGUUUUUUAAAAACAGGUUUAGGUAUUUGUUAAUUUGUGUUGAUGAAGAAUUAAACUAAAGGGUUAGGGUUACAUUUGGGGUUGGGAUUGGCUUAACGACAGCACAUACUGUACUUUACAGGGUCACAUAAUUUGAUGGUCACACGACUCGGUAAGUGAAUCAGAAAGUAAAUCAUUUCGCUUGAAAAAUUGCAGCAUUCAGAAAUAAUAAGAGGACAAGCAGCAGCGCUCAUAGAGAUCUGUAUUUUUAACAUUUUUGGUCGCAAUUAGGUAUUAUUAGUUAAUGGCACUUUUUUGACGACUUUGUCUUAAAUCACAU